CACAGGCAUUUGCAAUAUAGGAUACCUUCAUCUGGUAUCAAGGAUUAAAAUUAUUUGAAAUUGUGCAGUCCCUGCACAGACCCUGGCCAGUUUCUUUCACAUUCAUCCUUAUUUAUAAGAAUUGAAGAAUGGAUUUCUCAUGGGUUUACCAAUUUAUGGCUCUUCUGUGGAAGAAUUUUAUUUUAAAGAGGCGGCGAUUGGUGGCGUUAUUUGUGGAAUUCACCCUGACGUUACUAUUUGCUGGUACGCUUCUGUUAACACGCAAGAUUUUGACUAUAAAGAAGUAUGGGCCUUUCAAUUACUCUCUUCAGCCUAUUGAUAAGUUACCUGCAUUUCUUGGAAUGCCCAUGAUUUUUCCUGGUCCAUGGGAACUGGCUUUUAUGCCUUCCAAAAGUGUUGUGGUGAAGAGUAUUGUUGACCACGUGAAGAGGGAUUUACACUAUAAUUUCACAGUUUAAGGCUUUUCUUCAGAACGAGAUUUUGAAGAGUAUGUUAAACAAGAGAAUAACUCUAAAAAAGUGUUGGUUGCUAUUAUUUUUGACCAUGAAUUCCAAAAUAGUGAUGAUCCCCUACCACUUAAGGUAAAAUAUUAUCUGCGUUUUAGUAGUUUUCAGAGGAACAAGUAUGUGAGUUUUGUCCGAACAGAAGGCUGGGAAACAGGUGUUCUCUUUCCAACUUUUCCUUCUUUGGGACCCAGAAGUGAACGUAGUUCCCAUGGGGGGAGUCCUGGGUACAUCACUGAAGGGUUCCUGGCUAUGCAGCAUGCCGUGGAUAUUGCCAUCAUGAAAUACUAUAAUCACAAGGCUACACAAAAGCUAUUCCGAGAAGUCACUGUAUUUGUUCAGAGAUUUCCAUAUCCAGCAUAUUCUCAUGAUUACUUCUAUACCUUUUUUGGUAUUUUCAUCCCUUUAGUAAUCUUAUUUAUCUUCUCUAUGAAUCAUCUUACCCUCAUUCAGGCUAUUGUGUGGGAAAAGGAAAACCGAUUGAAGGAGUACCUGCUCAUGAUAGGACUCAGUAAUUGGAUGCUCUGGGCUGCCUAUUUCUUCACAUUCCUCUCUUUGUAUUCAGUUAUCAUCCUUUUGAUGUGCAUUAUUUUCUUUGCCAAGGCAAAACCUGUGCCAGUUAUCCAAUACAGUGACCCAUCUCUUGUCUUCGUCUUUUUGCUAUGUUUUGCCAUCGCCACAAUGUUCUUCAGCUUUAUGGUUAGCACAUUCUUCAAUAAAGUACAUUUUGCUGUUUCUGUUGGAGGUUUCAUUUAUCUCGUUACCUACUUUCCAGUUGUUACUGUCUCUAUAAACUUUGCAGAAAUGACAUUCACCCAGAAGCUGGCUUCCUGUCUCAGCUCAAAUAUCGCAAUGGGGCUGGGAACUAAAUUCCUAGUCAAGGCAGAAAUGGAGAAAAUUGGAAUUAAAUGGAGCAACAUCUUCUCACCACCCAAAAUGGAGAACUUUGGCUUUGCCCACAUACUGGGAAUGUUUUUAUUUGAUGCUUUCUUAUAUGGCCUUGUGGCCUGGUAUAUAGAAGCUGUCUUUCCAGGGGAGUAUGGUGUGCCCAAGCCAUGGAACUUUUUCUUGCUGCGCUCUUACUGGUUUGGGGAAGCACCUAAGGGAAAAAAGGAAAGAAGGCAAUUUUAUGAGACAAAUGAAAGCAAGUAUUUUGAAGCAGAACCUACUAAUUUGGUGGCAGGUAUCCAAAUCAAACAUUUGUGCAAGGAAUUCCGAGUGCAAAAUACUACCAAAAUAGCUGUAAAAGACUUGUCUUGGAAUUUAUAUAUGGGGCAGAUUACUGUUCUUCUAGGACACAAUGGAGCAGGAAAAUCCACUAUUCUGUCUAUUCUCUCAGGUAGGUCUCUUCAGAGUGUCAUAGACACUGUAGAUCAAACUUACAAGACUUUUGUGUAUCCUUUUGAUGUUUACAAUUUAGUCAGUUCAAUGAUACAUAAAAUUAAUGCCUUAUAUUCUACCUCACCCAAACCAUGGAAAGCCAAGUGUGGUCUCACAAGAAUAUUGGAAAUACAAAAUUGUUUUAUUCAUUCUUCUAAAUGGAUUUUCUCAGGUGUGGGAUACCACAUGGUCAUGGUGAAGGAGACUCACUGCAAUGUUGAAGAAAUCUUAAAAUUUAUUCAGUAUCAUAUACCAGAAGCCACUUUGGAGAAGAAUGUUAAUAAUGAAAUAUCUUUUCUUCUACCCAAAGAGUAUACACACAGCUUUGAAGCUCUGUUUACUGAUCUGGAAAAGAGACGGUAUGAGUUAGGCAUUGCUAGCUUUGGUGCCUCUGUUACUACCAUGGAAGAAGUAUUUUUUAGAGUCAAUAAUAUGGAAGAUUCACAAGUAGAUAUCCCAGCUACCCAAACUCCACCUCCCUCUGUGAUGAGUGAAGUCUCAGUUAAGAACCAGAAUAGGGAUAUGUCAAGCAAUGAGAGAGCACAGUGUUCCACCAUGAACGAAAGUCCUGCUAUUAUGUUUAAUACUGGGUAUUCCCUCUACCACCAGCAGUUCUGUGCCAUGUUCAUAAAGAGGGUGCUGUUCAGUUGGAGGAAUUGGAGAUUGAUUUUGCUACAGAUGCUGGCACUUCUAGGUUCCUUUACUUUUCUCUCAAAGGCUGAAAAUUUUUCACAUAAUAAUGAUGAAAAGGCCAGACAAAUGGAUUUGAAUCAAUAUGGUCAAACAAUAGUGCCUUUAUCUAUUUCUGGGAAUUCUAAUUUGACCCUGAUUUUCCUAAAACACCUUAGGAGUAUGCUAGAGUCUGACAAACACACACUUAAGGAAGUGCAAGGUGACCUACUGAAAUACUUAAUGGAAAAUGAAGAUUGUAUUCACUUAUGCAUUGUUGCAUUUUCCAUUGAGGUGAAGACAAAUAAAAUAAUACUUACUGGUCUUUUCAACAAUCAAGCAUAUCAUUCACCAUCUCUGACCCUGUCGAUAUUAGACAACAUUCUUCUCAUGACCAUUGCUGGCUCUAAUGCUUCUUUAAUAGUCUCCAAUAAGCCUCAGCCAUACCUUAGGCAUAAAAAACAAAGUGCAACAUUGUCAAAUGGACUCCAUGUGGCCUUAAAUAUACAUUUUGGCAUGGCUCUUUUGAUCAGUGGCUUUUGUCUCCUGACAGUGACCGAACAAAUCACUAAGGCAAAGCACAUCCAAUUUUUGAGUGGGGUUUAUGUCCCUGUGUACUGGCUUUCUGCUCUACUGUGGGAUUUCAUCAUCUUCUUUAUUACCUGCUGCUUACUACUAGGAGCAUUCAAAUUCUGCCAAUUGGAUAUUUACAUCACAGACUACCAUUUUCUGGACACAAUGCUGAUCUUCAUGCUAUAUGGCUGGUCUGUCAUUCCCCUCAUGUACCUGCUGAGCUUUCUGUUUACUAAAAGUACUUCUGCCUACAUCAAACUUGUCCUAUUCAACUACCUUUCAGGCAUUUUCAGUGUCCUCAUAGAUGCCACUCUUCAGUUCGAAGUUCAACAUAAGAUGUCAAAAGCCACCAGAGCCUUCAUACUUAAUUCAUUACUGUUCUUUCCUAAUUACAACCUUGCGAAGUGUAUCGAUGACUAUUUUACUUUCUACCAGAUAAAGAAAUGGUGCUCUGGAAACAAACCUCCUGUCUACAUAAAUUGUAGUAAAGAAAAUACUGCAAAGAAUGUUUAUUCUUUGGAAGAGAAAAUGAUUGGAAAGUACAUGAUUGUAAUGAGUAUCACAGGCUUUAUUUGCCUUCUCUUGCUUUUCUUUUUGGACACUACUUUGUGGAAGCUAAGAACAUUUCUCAGUCAAUAUGUUUACUUUGGUAUCUAUAAGACAUUCAGGAAGGAAAAAGUGUCCAAGGAACUAUCUGGAGAAUCCGAUGAUGAAGAUGUACAAAAUGAAAGACAGAGAAUCCUGGGGCAGCCUAGGGAGUUGCUGAAUUCUGCAGUACUUAUUAAGGAACUCACAAAGAUAUAUUUUAAGUAUCCAGUCAUUCUGGCUGUGAAAAAUAUCUCUGUUACAAUCCAAAAGGGAGAGUGCUUUGGAUUGCUUGGAUUCAAUGGAGCUGGAAAAACUACUACCUUCAAAAUUUUGACUGGAGAGGAGACUGUUACCUCUGGGGAUGUGUUCCUUGAGCAAUUUAGCAUCACUAAAAGGCUCCAAAAAGUGAAAUCGAGAGUUGGCUAUUGUCCUCAGUCUGAAGCAUUGCUGGAAUACAUGACUGGUCAGGAAAUAAUGAUCAUGUAUGCCAGGUUAUGGGGAAUCUCUGAGCCCCAGAUUCAGCCGUAUGUGAAUAGAUGGUUGAGUUCAAUGCAACUGGAACUCCAUGCUGACAAGCUUAUCAUAACCUACAGUGGAGGAACCAAACGUAGGCUGAGUACUGCUAUUGCCCUAAUGGGAAAUACCUCAGUCAUUUUGCUAGAUGAGCCAUCAACUGGCAUGGACCCUGGAGCCCGACGCCUGCUCUGGGAUGCUGUGACAUGGACACGUGAAAGUGGCAAAGCCAUCAUUAUAACUUCCCAUAGAAUGGAGGAAUGUGACGCCUUCUGUACCAGGCUGGCCAUCAUGGUGGAGGGAAAGUUCAUGUGCCUGGGUAGCCCUCAGCACCUCAAAAGCAAGUUUGGCAACAUUUACGUCCUGAAGAUCAAGGUCAAGAUUGAUGCACAGGAGGAUAAACUGAAUGAUUUAAAAUUUUUCAUCACAAUGACAUUCCCAGGUAGUGUAUUAAAGCAUGAGAAUCAAGGGAUCCUAAACUACUACAUUCCCAGCAAGGACAACAGCUGGGGAAAGGUGUUUGGUAUUUUGGAGGAAGCUAAAGAGAAAUUCAAUUUAGAAGACUACUCCAUCAGUCAGAUAACACUGGAACAAGUCUUCCUGAUCUUUGCUAACCCAGAGAACACAGAAGGUGAUUAUCAAGAAAAGAAGAAAAGAAGAAGAAAUGAAGUAAAGAAUGAUAUACAGAGCUCUUCCUCAGAUUCUUGUUUGGCCACAUGGAGUCCCCCAUAAGCCAUGUGAGAAAUCUAGUAACUCUCAAGAUUCAUGGGCAGAUGAGCAGACAAGAGAUGAUUAUUGUCCAGUUGCAAGAUAGAAAGAAUCCAUGAAGCUGCUCUACUUUAGGAUGGUUUGUUCAAGGUUUAUAUAUUCUUAGUUGGAUAGUUGUGAGUAAUAAAAUUAUACCCAAAAGCUAA